AUGGUACGCCUUCUGUCCCAAUCAUUGCGCCCCUACCUUCAAUGCGUCCGUUCAUCUCUGACCGCCGCUCUCUCACUGUCCAACUUCGCCUCCCAGGCGUCAGAAAGACACAAUGUCCCGGAAAUCGAAGCACAAAGCUCCCCAGAAGUCUUGUUGAACCCACUCACAGUUGCUCGCAACGAGAAUGAGAAAGUAUUCAUAGAACCCAGUGUCAACAGCGUGCGAGUCAGCAUAAGGAUAAAGCAGGCAGACGAGAUUGAGAACAUCCUUGUCCACAAGUUCACUCGUUUCCUGACCCAACGUGCGGAAUCCUUCUUCAUUCUGCGGCGCAAGCCGGUCAAAGGAUACGAUAUCUCAUUCUUGAUCACCAACACUCAUACCGAAGAAAUGCUCAAGCAUAAGUUGGUGGAUUUCAUUAUUCAGUUCAUGGAGGAGGUCGACAAGGAAAUAUCGGAAAUGAAGCUCUUCCUGAACGCCCGAGCCAGAUUUGUUGCUGAGUCAUUCUUGACUCCGUUUGACUAG